UAGUAAUUUCAUGAUGUCUGCUCCCAUGAUGCAGUGUUUGGACGAGAUCGAGGGAAAACCCAUUCAUGAAACUAAAUAAUCCUUUUGGAUUUGAUCAUGAAGGAAUUGAAAAGGAUUUUGAUGACUCUCAUUACAUCCCUUUAGACCCAUCCGGCAUCAACCAUCAUCAAGCCAAGCAUGGGGAAAAUAAUUGGUUGAGGGCCUCUUACGAACCUCACAUGGGGCCUUCCCAGAGGAGGAAAUUAAAGGAAAAUGACAAGUCUAUAAAUGCUGAAUUCCCCUUCUACCUUAGUGAAGAAAUGAAGGAUGACAUUGAAGACAUCCCUUGGAAUGAUCAAACCGAUGGUGAUAUCAAUACACAUAAUCUAUCCAAACUGAGAAGUGACGCUGACAUGAGCAUACAAAGCAAAAAGAAAAGGGCAUCUAUUAGCACAAGAGUAAAGAAGUGCAGGGAGAGGAAGGAAAAGUUCUAUAGAGAUCUAGAGGAAAGGGCAGCACGGCUAGAGAAGAAAUGAGAGAUGCUGACCAAAGAAGUCUCUGAUUAUAAAACCCGUCUUGCUUAUUAUGAAGCUAUUGAUAACAAAACUGAUUCAGAGAACCCUCAAAGUGUCGACUCCAAGUUUUUAGAUAACGUAAGGAAGAAGAUCCAAGAAAGUCAUGCUGAUGAUCUCACAGUGGUCAAGGCAGUUGAGAAGGUCCGAAACCUCUACGGACCUUUCGGCCAAGAGAAAUUGAAGGUUCUAGAAAGCUCUUUUGAAUGCUUCCUAGAGAACAUCUUAUCUGGGAGUCACUUAAAGAUAGCUUUUUAUGCCUGUGAAGACUUUCCAAAGAAUUAUACGGAGUAUCAAAAAUAUUUAAAGCUUAAGAAAUAUCAGCAGCACGAGAAGUAUCCAGACGAGCAUGUUAGAGAAUUCAUUAACUAUCGUCAGAGCUGGUUGAAAACCAAAGUUGAGUUUAAUAAUUGGACUAAGAACAUGCUCCCAGCCAUGAAGAUGAUCAGAGAGGAGAUGAAAGUAGCGAUUAAAAAGUUACUAGAUGCGAGGUAUAAUAUUUAUAAAACUCUGAUGAGACUUGAUCUUUUCAUGGAGUUUUUACCUAAUAUCCCUCUUAAUCGACAAGAGCUAAUGCAGAUCCUUGAGGAGACGAAACAUAGCGAUUUCGUUAUCUCUUCAAAGGAAGCAUUAGGGAUUUCUGAAGAAGAAAUCGAAGUUAUUGAAACUGUUAAAGUUCCCAAGCAAAAUAUUUUUAAGAACUAUUUGGUUCUUCAAAACCUCUUAUCCGAGGACGAGAAAGCACCAAAGCAGUUCCAAAAGAUGUAUAAAUUCAGGAAGUUAAGUUUUGUUGAUAAAUAA